UAAACUCUCUGAUUUCGGGAACAUUGAUAUUGUAAGAAUUUGAAGUGUAUUUUUCACAAAUCCAAGGUGUAAAUUUGAGAAAACGGGUGAAUACAGUGGCUAGAUGGUGAAAAAUUGAGGCCAUCAUGACAGAUAUGAUCCAACACAAGAUAGGCUAAAGGGCAACUUCUAUAAACUCUCGAAAAACAGAGCUGAUAUUAACAGAUAACACAGACUCUGCAUCAUAUUGACAUUGUACAUAAUAACUAUUUGACAUUGAAUCGUUAUCUUCUAUUAAAUAAACCAGUCACUGUACGAGGCCUAGGCUAAGGAAGCUCUCUGUGAAGGUUGUUUAUUGAAAUGAAUUCAAUGGUAAGUGUAAAAUACUCACAUAACCACUCUGUACAUAUUCUUUUGAAUGGGUUUGAAAAACAAGAAUGUCUUACCCAGAAAAGAAUGCAUAUAUCAUAUGUUUAUUUGUAUUUUAGCAUACUGCAUGAUUCUAAUCUGUGGUUUAAAGUGUGGUGUAUUUAGAACUGUGUCAGGCCCAGGAAAUGGCUGAUAGCGCUAACUGAACAGAAUCAUGUGACAGUGCCGUACGUCAAACUGUACUGUAUGUCAUGUUACCUACAUUUUGUUAAGCUUCUCCCUCUAGCCUGAAGAAGAAAAUGGGUAAACAACUUUGUGUGAUGGUGUUACUCUUAACUCAAGGGUUCGUGGGACUAUAUGGAGACAUUAUACAACUGCACCCAGUUGUAUCAGUUCAUGAAGGAGGUCCUGUGGUUUUAUCCUGCUUUAUUAAAACAAAACAAAUAAGUAUGGUAUCGUGGUACAAGCAAGUCACUGGAGAAGAACCACGUCUCAUUGCUUCCUCACUUCUCCUUUCACCAAAAAGCCAAUUUCAUGAUGAAUUUAACAGCAAUCAUUUUGAUGCUGUAAGAGGGAGUGACAGUUAUAAUCUGACAAUUGUGAAUGCCUUACAAUCAGAUUCAGGCACGUACUAUUGUGCUUUCUCUUUCUCUAAUAUAAUUAACUUUGGAAAUGGCACUCGUCUGGUUAUUAAAGGAGCAGAAAUCAACAAACCCACGAGUCUAAAGUUGCCCAAGACUGAACUUGUUAAAUCAGAGGUAAAUGUGCCUCUACAAUGUUCAAUUCAAAAUGAGUUAGUGAGCGGUGGAGGUGAAAAUCGUCUCUACUGGUUCAAACAUGGAUCAGAAGAAUCUCCUCCAGGAUUCAUUUAUGUUCAUGGAAACACAAGUAAUGGAUGUGUGAGGAGCUCUGAAGCUGACUGUCUUUCACCAACCUGUGGGUACAACCUCCCAAAGAAAAAGUUCAGUUCCUCACAAACGGGAAUUUACUGUGCACUGGCCACAUGUGGGGAGGCUUUAUUUGGAAAUGUUUCUAAACACAAUCCUGAUUUAGACAACUUCAUCAUCCAGAACACACACUCACUCUUUGUAAUUGUCCUUACGGUGCUCCUGACAUCAAAUAUUACCAUCAAUAUCCUUCUGUGUUGCAUGAGGAGAAAUGAGUCUAUUAAUGCAACAGAAAGCAAAUAUAAGCAAAUCCAGACUACUGAUGAUGACGUGUCAAUAACUGAGUACAAGGAAGAGGAAGUGAACUUUUGGUCUUCAGCCGCCAUCGUCAAAUGCUCAAAGAGUGAAAAGAAAUACCAGCUUUAAGGACACAUUCAGGUUUAUUUGAGUUUGACAAAUCAAGACCAUGGCAAAACACUGUUGUAUAUUAGCUUAUAUUAAUCAUUAAAAACAUAAUUUUGAGUAAUUCUGCCAAUUAUUUUUGAUAAACAGAAUAAAUUCUGUUUAAGUAGUUGUUAAUGGACUGUACUGUAUAUAUUGUAAUGACUGAAAAACCUCUAAAUAUCUUCCACAAUGUUGUAUUGCAGUAAUUACAUGAUGUAUAAUCAUUUUCAUCUGCUUUGUUCAUAUAAACAGUAAUGGCUAUUACCAUUUACA